AUCAACUGACGAAAGGAAGCUGCUCUGUUUGAAACAUAACAAUUUAUUGUCAGUAUUCUGUGAACAAUUGGACCUACUGUGUUGUGAUUAUCGAUAUUCAUUCUGAAAUAUAAUAUUUUUACCGAAAAAUGGAAAAAUAUAUAUUAUCAUUAAUAAUUUCUCUCUUAGUUGGCGUGUCAGCUUUAAAUUUCGACUCAGUGGUGCCAAUAAAUGAAACGAUUCCACGUGGUUACGAUUUAAAGUUAAUGUACACUUACGUAAAUUCAGGAUACCGGGAAAAUGUUUCUACUCCACCGAUAUCUCCGAUUACAUACAAAUACGAGAAGACCAUAGAUCUAUUGAGAACGACUGCUGAAUAUUACGAGAAGGAAGUUGGCAAAGUCUCGGAAAAUGUGGACAAUUUUUUAAAUACAAAAUUAUCGGACGUUGAAGAGAAAUGUUUAAAUUUAAACGACACAGUUGGUUGGCUGAAUUUCCAAAUGAAUUACACGGCCUAUCGACAGGAGGCAAAGAAUCUUCAGGCAUUUUUAGUUAGUCCACCAAAAGAGCCUGAGAACACUUUCGAAGCUGUGAUACGCUCAACCAACUAUAUCAUCAGAAUGGGUCAUUUCAUUAAAUCAUUUCAAUUUUGCUUGGAGGAGAAGUAUCGACUCACUGAGGAGGACGUUAUGGGUGUGAUGCACAUUAUUUUGCGUCAAGUCAUUAAAAACAUUUUCUUAGCUGGAAAAGUCAAUUUGGAUAAAGAUUAUAGAGAAAGUUCACAAUCAUCAAAAUGUUUGGAAGUUUUUUAUCCCAUGCGCUCUAGUAAUUAUUUAUUCGAUUCUCUCAUGGACAAUUUUAAUGCGCCCUUUGAAUCAUGCUACUCUCAAAAGGAAUUUGAAAAAUGUGCUCACCAUCUUUUGAAGAAUUGUGAACCGGAACUGGCUGCAAUUUUACGAAUGUCAUGGUGUCCAGCCGACUUCGGAUGCUAUAAUUAAAAAAUAUUCCUCUCAAUACAUUUUUUAAAAACAUCACAACAUAAAUGUGAAAAUUAACAAAAAACAAAUUUUCUAACACUUAUUUUUCAUUAUUGUCGGACAUGUGUCAAAUAAAAAUGAAUUAAAUCUCCGAUUUAUAAUUUCAUUUUAGACUGUACAUUUGCAUAAAAUAUAGGUAUUAAAUUUUAAAGGCAAAAGAUGAAACUGAUGUAUUUUUCUAAAUUAGUGGAAUAUUAAAUUAUUUUCAAUUUUUACGGAAUAAAUUCAGUUUUCAGUAAAUUUAUAAAAAAAGCAAUAAAUUACGAAAUAUUUGCAUUAAAAAAAUUUUUUUAAACAAGUAAAAUUCGGUAAAAAAUGGAAUAAUUUAAUUUCACCUUUUUUUUAGUGGAGAUUUAUUUCACUACAAUGACUUGGUAAAAUAUGAAUCGUAUAUAUAGAUAUAUAUUGUGUAUGUAUAUAUAAACGAACUAUAAAUUGUU